AAACCCAUCAAGCGGAGCAGCAGAGGUUUAUCCCUACCAGCCUACCACUCCCCCCCAACGCGGCGACGGCGGAAAUGGACGCCAAGCUGCUGCUCCCCUUCCCCUUCGCGCCGGCCGCGGCCACCAGGUCCCCCAAGUCGCUCUUCCUUGGCGCCCCGCUCCCGCCGCCGCCGCGGCCGCCGCCGUUCCCGCUGCGCCUCCGCCCGCGGCCCGCGGCGGUGGUGGCGCAGGCCGCCGUGAAGCGCCGCAAGGAGGCCCCCUUCGACACCGUGAUCCAGCGGGACAAGAAGCUCAAGCUGGUGCUCAAGCUGCGCAACAUCCUGGUGGCGCAGCCCGACCGCGUGAUGAGCCUCCGCGAGCUCGGCCGCUUCCGCCGCGACCUCGGCCUCACCCGCAAGCGCCGCCUCAUCGCGCUCCUCAGGCGCUUCCCGGGCGUCUUCGACGUCGUCGAGGAGGGCGUCUACUCCCUCCGCUUCCGCCUCACGCCGGCCGCCGAGCGCCUCUACCUCGACGAGCUCCGCCUCAGGAACGAGUCCGAGGGCCUCGCCGUCGCCAAGCUCCGCAAGCUGCUCAUGAUGUCGCAGGAGAAGCGCAUCCUCAUCGAGAAGGUCGCGCACCUCAAGCACGACCUCGGCCUCCCGCCCGAGUUCCGCGACACCGUCUGCCUCAGGUACCCGCAGUACUUCCGCGUCGUCCGGAUGGACCGGGGCCCGGCGCUGGAGCUCACGCACUGGGACCCCGAGCUCGCCGUCUCCGCGGCGGAGCUCGCCGAGGAGGAGAGCCGGGCGAGGGAAGCUGAGGAGAGGAACCUCAUCAUCGACCGCCCACUCAAGUUCAACCGUGUCAGGCUCCCCAAGGGCCUCAAAUUGACGCGGGGGGAGGCCAGGAGGAUUGCGCGGUUCAAGGAGAUGCCCUACAUUUCCCCAUAUGCCGACUUCUCGCACCUGCGCUCCGGAUCAGACGAGAAGGAAAAGCACGCUUGUGGAGUGGUUCAUGAAAUUCUUAGCUUAACGGUGGAGAAGCGCACGUUGGUGGACCACCUCACGCACUUCAGGGAGGAGUUCAGGUUCUCGCAGUCCCUGCGCGGCAUGAUCAUUCGUCACCCGGACAUGUUUUACGUAUCGUUCAAAGGGGAUAGGGACUCGGUCUUCCUCCGUGAGGCGUACAAGGACUCGCAGCUGGUCGAGAAGAACCAGCUGGUGCUACUUAAGGAGAAAAUGAGGGCUCUUGUGGCCGUACCACGCUUCCCCAGAAGGGCCGCAGUUGGGACUGGCGAGGAGGCUGAGGGAAUGAAUGGAUCAUUGCAGUCGCGGGACCAAGUGAGUGACGAGGAAUACGACGAUGAAGAUGAGGGGCUCUCUGAUAUGGAAGAUCUGAUUAGUGAGCUUUCUGGUGGCAAAUCGGAUGCUGACUACGAGUGGGGUGAUGGCUGGUUUGGUGAGAACGAUGACUCACCGCCAGACUUUGGAGACGACGAAGUCAAGGUCGCCAUGAAAAUUGCUGAUGGUUCUGCCAACGGCAGCGCACCUGUUCCUGUAUUUCCUGAUGGCAGACCAAGGGAACGGUGGUAAAUUGAGGUGUUUUUGAACUUCUGAUUGAUAGAAUCGUUAAUCUAUAAUCUUAGUUCUUUUAUCA